UUUGCAGCUCUUCCUUAGCCCACUGGUUCAACCACUUGCCUUUGCCCUGCUCCACAUUCUUGACUGCGGCCCCAUGAACCCUGUUAUGUGGACAUCAUUCAGCUGAGUCUCUUCCCCACUGUGGGGGAAAAGGGCUGCAUUAUGCAAUGUGGCUGUGGUUGACACCCUGAGAUGGCCAAAACAGGCACCAAUGAACUUCGGUUACCGUUGGAAGAUGGGGAGCCCUCUCUGCAGGUCAAAGAUGAGUGGACAGAGACCAGGCCGGAGGCUCUGAGUGCCGUGAAAAUUGAGGCAGUUUGCACAGACGAUGGAGAGAGUUCCACACACAGCGCGGGGGAAAGGGACUCGACUUUGGGUCCAGCUGAGGAACCAGCCCGCAAGCGCAAGAAGGGCCCUGCCCCAAAGAUGCUGGGGGACGAGGUGUGCAGCGUGUGCGGAGACAAGGCCUCGGGGUUCCACUACAACGUCCUCAGCUGUGAGGGCUGCAAGGGUUUCUUCCGGCGCAGCGUCAUCAAGGGGGCACAGUACACCUGCAAGGGCAGCGGGCAGUGCCACAUGGACAUGUACAUGCGCCGCAAGUGCCAGGAAUGCCGCUUGAAAAAGUGUCGACAGGCAGGCAUGCGGGAGGAAUGUGUGUUAUCUGAAGAGCAGAUCCGAAAAAAGAAGAUCCGCAAACAGCAGGAGGGAGAAGGGGCAUCGGGCGGGGAAGGGGGCGGAGGCGAGGUCCUUCGGGUGCCCCCUCUGCCCUGCGAUCCUGUCCUGCUCCAGCCCGAGCCAGCUGCCCUCACCCCCCAGCAGGAAGGCAUGAUUCAACAGCUGGUGGCCGCGCAACAGCAAUGCAACAAGAGGAGCUUCAGUGACCAGCCCAAAGUCACGCCUUGGCCUAUGGGCAGUGACCCCAACAGUCGGGAGGCACGCCAGCAACGCUUUGCCCACUUCACGGAGUUGGCCAUCAUCUCUGUGCAGGAGAUUGUGGACUUUGCCAAGCAGGUGCCUGGCUUCCUGCAGCUCUCUCGGGAGGACCAGAUCGCGCUGCUCAAGGCUUCUACCAUUGAGAUCAUGCUGUUGGAGACAGCCCGACGCUAUAACCAUGAGACCCAAUGUAUUACGUUUCUUAAAGAUUUCACCUACAGCAAGGAUGACUUUCACCGUGCAGGUCUGCAAGUGGAGUUCAUCAACCCCAUCUUCGAAUUCUCCCGGGCCAUGCGGCAGCUGCAGCUGGACGACGCCGAGUACGCCCUCCUCAUCGCCAUCAACAUCUUCUCCGCUGACCGGCCCAAUGUGCAGGACCACGGCCUGGUGGAGGCGCUACAGCAGCCCUACGUCGAGGCCCUCAGUUCCUACAUCCGCCUCAACCGGCCGCAGGACCACCUGAUGUUCCCACGCAUGCUGAUGAAGCUGGUGAGCUUGCGGACCCUGAGCAGCGUACACUCUGAGCAGGUCUUCGCUUUGCGUCUUCAAGACAAGAAACUUCCACCGCUUCUCUCCGAGAUCUGGGAUGUUCACGAGUAGAUUUCUUGGGGAGGGGUAAGGGGAGGCUGCAGCCCCAGGAAACAUUGCACCCUACAAAGGAUUCUCUGAACCUCGACAUAAACUGAUAAGCAAAGGACUGCGGUCUGGACAGAGGAACUACAGCAAGAGGCUACUAAGCACUUUCCCCCCCAUCUACUUUUUCCCGUCAAGCACUCGCCUCCUCCUGAUUUUUUGUUCUUUUUGUUUUUUUUAGAGGGGGAGGAAAGAUGCGAGUCACUUGUGCUUUGUGGGGAGUAGAGGGGGAAGAUGCAAAGGGACUUUGCCGCAAAGACUGAUCUCCUGAUACGUGAGGAAGGAACACCCCAUCCCAUUUGGCUUUCUCGUCUAACAACGCCCACACACACCCGACUAGGGAAGGGGUAUCGCUUGGGAGGGAGGGGGUUGUCGUAUGCCUGGUGUGGGGCAGGCGCCCGGAACAAAUAAACUCAGUCCCGAUGAACCAA